AUGAUGUCUAGGACUACAUCCGCGGAACCUCAUGUGGCAGGUGGCCCCGUAGAUCCAGAUGGCGAAGUUAUCUGCCCGCUUAUCCGACCGGACGGUCGCAGGUGUCUUAAAAAAUGCACCGGAGAGAGGAGAUAUCGUUCGAUGCAGGAACAUAUUCGUCGUGCCCAUCCCGACGACUAUGUGCCCAGGCUAUCGGCAACGAAGGAUAGCUUCGAUAGAAUGGUCAGAAAUGCUGCAUUGAAUGCCACCACAGCAAAUAUCUUAACAUCACUACCGAAUGGAGGAAUGGGAGGCCCGCCCAGCCCUGGUCGAGGACGAAACCUUCAACCUGGGGGUGGAGAGGAAAGAGCUAAGAGCACCGGUUGGAGAUUUGAAGACAACAGCUUUGAAACUCGAGUUGAGGACCUUACUCCUCCUUCUACGAAUUCCGAUGUGGAUAUGUCGAGUGCCAACACUUCUCUGAACUCAAUGAGUAUGGGUAGAACUGGUGCACCCUUUUCGAGCUUUGGAAGCGAAGUCUCGCAGCCACCACCACUCCCAAAGCCUUUACAAACUACUAUUGCUAGGAAACGGAAGAAUAAUUCCUCCAUUGAUAAUACUCGUCGUCACCAUACAUUCCACCCUUCUUCUGUAUCAACACUACAGGGCCUCGAGCCUCUUCACAUUCCCCAUCCGCCAUCCCGUCAGCGAAAGCGGCUCCCGAUCAUGAGCUCGCCCCACCUGUCACGUCAGAACACACCAAUGUCAUACGAACCUAGUAGUGCCGCCACCGGAAAUGAAUCCGACCCUGACCGCACCUUGGAGCACGAUGAUCUUGUUCGACCUGCCUCUUCCACUAUCAGUGGAGAUGAUGAAGCUCGAACCCGCUGGGAUGAGCUCGUUUUUGUUGCUUCACAGGCUCCUGAAUUCCUAAAUCAGCCACCCCCAGCAGCGUUUGGUUACAGUGGAAACACGCUUACCAAAUCUCGUUCAAUGGCUGAUCUUGAACACCGGGUCCGGACCACCAAUAUCACCCCACCAAUGUCGGACCGUCGUGAUACCCCGCCUGAUUCGGGAACAUUUGAGAAGAUGCAAAUUCCGAAUUUCAGUAGGUCGGUUUCCCCACGAGCAUCCACAGGCAUGCUCAAUUCGAACAAAAUGGAGACGGAUUUCCCAGAAGGUGCCCAAUUGAGCAGUUUGAAUACUCUCAAUAAAGCUGGUGGUCCGUAUAGUCCACAGAUCACAAUUACAUACACUCCAAAAGUUGAGUGUAGCGGCUGCGGCCUUUUGACUGCUAUGAGUGAAGCUAUGGCUUGUUCUGAGUGCAUUGCCGGAUUGUGCCGCAGCUGCGUCAGGAAGGGAAGCGAUGGAUAUGCAGAUGGUGAUGAGGCCCAUGGAACUUGCCCAAGUUGCGGAGGAUUGGAUACCAAGUUCAAGGCUGUCCGCAUGCGCAUUCGGUGA